AUGAGUGAAACUAGUUUGAUUACAUAUUCUGAUAGAGAAAUGGAGUCUUCUUUAAAAGAUUUAUUGGAGAGAAUUUUAAUUUAAUUAGAGAAAUAUAUUGAAACAAAAAGUGAUCUAAAUGAAAUUGAGAAAGAAUUGAAAGAUUAUGAAAAUCUAACACAAUUAGUAAAUAUAAUUAAAGUUGUUUUCACUAAUCUAAUGUUAAAAAUUGACAAAAAAGUUUAGUAUACAUUUUUAUCAUCUAAGAAAGUUAGAGAAGAAUUUAGAUCCAAAUUCCUCUUUUAAAAGUAUAAGAACUGAAGAUGAAUAUGAAAAACUUGAAUAAACAGUCAUUAAAUAUGAAGGAGAGAUUAGAAAUCAUAUAAGAGUAUAUAUAUAUUUAAUAUUCAAAUUAGCUUGAAUAAUAAUUGAAAUUGUAUUCAGAAUCAAUCUAAACUAAAUUAGAUGAAAGUGAAGCUACAAGAAAUGAAUUACUUGAAACCACCAAAAAAGUUAUGAAUGUAAUAAAUGUGUCAAUAUUGUCCAUUAGAAUCUGAAAAGAGAAAACUAAAAAUAUUAUGAAGAAAACAUAAAAUUAUAAUCUGAUAUUACUUAUUAUAAGCAAAAAAUAUAAUAAUUUGAAAUCGAUUAAUCUAAAAAGACUAUAGAAUAUGAUUAAGGUGAUUAAGAAAUAUAGAAAGUUAAUAAUAAUAGUUAAUAAAUUAAAGCAUUAAUAAAUAGAAAGCCUUAUAGUAAAGAAACCAAUAAAACUAGUUCUUAUUCAGAACAUAAAUUAAGUAGUUAACUUUAAGAAAGUACUGAUUAUCCAACAUAAUCAUAAGGAUCUUUGAAAUAAAAUUAUUUUAAUAUUCUUUAAUAUGGAUAAAGUCAUCAAUAAUAAUAAUUAUUGUAAUAAUAAAUUUAAUAACAAUAAGAAUAUUAAAAAUCAUUUCAUGGGAAACAUAAUUCAAUUUCAUCAAUUAAUGAUAUCAUUCAGUAAUAAAUAAUUAUUAAAGAUAAGAAAGGAAAUUUAAUUAGUUAAAAUACAUCUAAAAAGAAUUCAUAAAAUUCUUAAGUUUAAUAAAAAUUAAUUUAAUGUAUAUAAAUAAUUAUUAUCUUUAGAAACAAUGUAAACUUAACCUAGAAGCAGAAGUGGAAGUGCACGUCGUAAUUUAAAUUAAAAAUAGAAAACUUCUAUUCUUUCAUGA